CCCGGCGCGCGUGGGGACGGGUCUGCAGCCCCUUGUCCGCCCUACAACCCCCAUGGGCUGCCGCCCGCCGCCGCCUCGGCUGCCACCCAGGACAAGGCAGGGAUAAGCACAGGACCAGACGGACACCAUGUCUGGAGACUAUGAGGAUGACCUCUGCCGGCGGGCUCUCAUCCUGGUCUCAGACCUCUGUGCACGGGUCCGAGACGCCGACACCAAUGACAGGUGCCAGGAGUUCAAUGAGCUGCGAAUCCGAGGCUACCCCCGGGGUCCAGAUGCAGACAUUUCCGUGAGCCUGCUGUCGGUCAUCGUCACAUUCUGUGGCAUUGUCCUCCUGGGUGUCUCUCUCUUCGUGUCCUGGAAGUUGUGCUGGGUGCCCUGGCGGGACAAGGGAGGCUCGGCAGUGGGCGGCGGCCCCCUGCGGAAAGACCUAGGCCCUGGGGUUGGGCUGGCGGGCCUGGUGGGUGGUGGCGGGCACCACCUGGGGGCUGGCCUGGGUGGCCAUCCUCUGCUCGGCGGCCCACAUCACCAUGCCCACACGGCCCACCAUCCGCCCUUUGCCGAGCUGCUGGAGCCGGGCAGCUUGGGGGGCUCCGACCCCCCGGAACCCUCUUACUUGGACAUGGACACAUAUCCAGAGGCGGCAGCAGCGGCUGUGGUAGCUGCUGGGGUCAAACCAAGCCAGACAUCUCCUGAGCUGCCCUCCGAGGGCGGGGCAGGAUCUGGGUUGCUCCUGUUGCCCCCCAGUGGUGGGAGCUUGCCCAGUGCCCAGUCGCAUCAGCAAGUCACAAGCCUAGCGCCCAGCACCAGGUUUGGGCUGGGCCUGGACCCUGGGUCUGAGGGAGGAGGCUGGGGCUGGGCCCUGGGUCUGAGGGAGGAGGCUGGGCCUGGACUCCUGGGUCCUGGGAAGGGGCUGGGGGCAUGUUGUCUGCUUCCCUCUCUCGCCCACUGCCAGGUGCAUAGGAAGACCCUGAACCCCGUCUUCAAUGAGACGUUUCAGUUCUCUGUGCCCCUGGCCGAGCUGGCGCAGCGUAAGCUGCACUUCAGCGUCUAUGACUUUGACCGCUUCUCGCGGCACGACCUCAUCGGCCAGGUGGUGCUAGACAACCUCCUGGAGCUGGCCGAGCAGCCCCCCGACCGCCCGCUCUGGAGGGACAUCGUGGAGGGCGGCUCGGUCAGUAGCACCUGCGUCCCACGGGCCCUCGGCUGACUUCCCCCCCCCCAG